CAGGAUAGUCCUUUCACUCCCUUAGUGAGUGUGCAUGUGUGUGUUUUUGUGCUGCUUGAGUUUGUGUCUACAAGACAGUGAGGGGCAGACGGAGGCAGGCACGCCCAAAUGAUGGUGUUGAAUGACGCCCGUCUGUUGCUUCUUCAGUAUUUCGGUGCGUCCUGCGAUUGGUGGAGGACGGGAUAUGGUACCCAGGGCUGGCGCGCCAUGGGCGGGUGGAUGGCCUGUUUAUAAACCCAGAUCUCUCCUCGUGGGCGGGAACAGCAACAGUAGAGAGUGAAAGCGGAGGGACAGAGUGAGAGAGACGGUGGAGGAGAAGAGGCUGUGGUGGCAGCUGUGGCUGACCGGGGAUCGCGGAGGGGGCGAGGCGGCCGCCCCUGAGUGCCUCUUCAACCGUGCAUGGACGACCACCUCAGCCUCCUGCAAUCACCCCCGCUGAGCGUUACCAAAACCCGGGGCGACAAUCUGGUGAACCACGGAUACAACGAGACAGAGACCGACGUGAUGACGGUGGUGGCGUGUGACAAAAUGCUGGAAGAGUCGGCGGCUCUCCCGGGCCACCACUCUCUGGACCGAUAUGAACCGGAUCAUGAAUGCUGCGAGAGGGUCGUCAUCAACAUCUCGGGGUUACGCUUCGAGACCCAGCUCAAGACUCUCUCCCAGUUUCCAGAGACACUUCUGGGAAACCCCAAGAAGAGGAUGAGGUACUUUGAUCCUCUCAGAAACGAGUACUUUUUUGAUCGAAAUCGCCCCAGCUUUGACGCUAUACUUUAUUACUAUCAGUCUGGCGGGCGCAUCAGGAGACCCGUCAAUGUGCCCAUUGACAUUUUCUCUGAGGAGAUCCGCUUCUAUGAGCUGGGUGAGGAGGCUAUGGAGAAGUUCAGGGAGGAUGAGGGCUUCAUAAAGGAGGAGGAGCGACCGUUGCCAGAAAAUGAAUUUCAAAGACAGGUGUGGCUGCUUUUUGAAUACCCAGAGAGCUCGGGUCCCGCGCGGGGCAUAGCGAUAGUGUCUGUCCUGGUUAUUCUCAUCUCCAUUGUCAUCUUCUGCUUAGAGACACUGCCGGAGUUCAGGGACGACCACAGGGAUCCGAUCACUAUUGCACCUGCGAUUAAUGGCACACUCCCGUAUUUCACCAGCCCAUUCUCUGACCCUUUCUUUGUUGUGGAGACGUUGUGUAUUAUUUGGUUCUCUUUCGAGCUGCUGGUGCGCUUCUUUGCGUGCCCUAGUAAAGCAAUUUUCUCAAAAAACAUCAUGAAUAUUAUUGACAUUGUGGCCAUCAUUCCCUAUUUCAUCACUCUGGGCACAGAGCUGGCAGAGAGACAAGGAAACGGACAGCAGGCCAUGUCAUUAACCAUUCUGCGCGUAAUUAGGCUUGUUCGGGUGUUUCGCAUCUUCAAACUCUCGCGUCACUCCAAAGGGCUCCAGAUUUUAGGACAGACUCUGAAGGCCAGUAUGCGUGAGCUGGGCCUGCUCAUCUUCUUCUUGUUCAUCGGUGUCAUCCUCUUCUCAAGUGCUGUCUAUUUUGCUGAAACAGACGACCCAGAUUCAGGGUUCAGCAGCAUUCCAGACGCAUUCUGGUGGGCUGUUGUCACCAUGACUACCGUGGGCUACGGGGACAUGCACCCUGUGACCAUCGGGGGGAAGAUCGUGGGGUCUCUCUGUGCCAUCGCUGGUGUGUUGACCAUUGCUCUGCCCGUGCCUGUCAUUGUCUCCAACUUUAACUACUUUUACCACAGAGAGACGGAAGGGGAAGAGCAGGCACAGUACCUGCACGUGGGCAGCUGCCAGCCCCUCGCGGACACAGAGGACCUGAGGAAGUCUCGCUCCUCUUCCUCACUCAGCAAGAGCGAGUAUAUGGUGAUAGAGGAGCACGGGAUCAACAACACGUUCAAACAGCAGCCCAACUUCCUCACCACCACGCAAUACAACUCGGAAAAUUGUGUGAAUAUAAACAAAAAGAUUUUCACCGACGUGUAGCCAAUUAUUGAGUCAUAGCUCUGAACGCAGGAAGGGGUAGUGUGUAAACACACAGCUGUUUCUGUCGCUAUGCUACAGCGUGCGGAAGCAGCGGUAGAUCAGAUGAAUAAACAAAGGAAUAAUGAGGGAGGGGAAGCACAAUCCUGUCAGUUAAGAGACGCUGCUUUGUGCUCCAUUCACAAAAUCUGUCCUUUUCAUUUCGGUGAUGAUGAUUCAUAAUUCAGUUUUACUUUCGCGCUUGGAGAUAAAUAACUCAUUUAAAAUAUUAGGUCUAGUAUUCUUCGGUGAGUUAGGGAAUUUACCUGUUGUGCAUUGUGAAAUUGCAUCAUUUGCAUACAUCAUCAAAACAGCCUAUUAGAAGCUUUAUAACUGAAAGAUGAGUAAAAAUGUAUGGUACUCGAAGAGCACUCACAUUGUAGCCUACGUGUUAUGAGUCGUGAUUCAUAGCCUAUAAUAUUCAGAAUCAUUUAAAUAUGUGUAUAUUGUGUUUUUACACAUGUAAUGUCACAGUUUUGCAUAUUAUCUAAAUUAGACCGUUCUGUGAGAUGACUUAGGCCUUAUUGUACGUUAAAGUCUAGUCAAAAUGUUACUGUCUUUAAAAAAAAUCCCUUUUUCUUUCAUAUCCUGUCACGGUGUGAUAUAAACACAGGGGCCGCCUGCUUUCAGUCAUGGUGCAGGACACACUGAGAGUGGAUAAACACAGCGCACACGUACAGUGAUCAAAGAUGGAGCGUGCUUCUCUUUGGAUGCCUCAAAUAUAGUUAUGCCCGCUGUGAUGCAGUCGCCAUGGAGACGUCCGUUUCCUCGGUAACCCCAGUCACCGUUGCCAUGGCACCCUUGUUUCCACAGAAACCUUCCAGAUGGCUUGCAAGCUAUAUCGGAGAUUGUUAUCAAAGCUUGUAUUGAGUCUCUAAUAAGACAUUAGCCUACGAUUUGCGUGCGUAAAAUACGAGCCCCAAAAAUACCGAGCAUUGACGCACAAAGCAAAUUGGGAUAACAACGUCUGUUCACACAAUUGCCACUAUUAACUGGGUCCCGAAAUGAACCAGGCACCGCUUGGAGACGUGCUAAACCGGAAGAUGUGGAAGGGGAGGCAGCGCGUGAGGAAUUAUGAAUGAACUGGGAGCACGUUGUGUCUGGCUGUCCUGAGUGCGCUACUGCAGGCGCUCAGCAGAGGCUGCUGUUCUCCCACUGAUAAACAUGGUGAAAGUAGCUACAUUUUUCUGCACAGACCUCCUGGAAACCCUGACGACCCCAAUUGUACUGCCUCCCAUUUAGGGGCGCAAUGAC